CCGACUCGGAGCGAUACCAUCGAAGCAAACUUAAACAUCUAUCUUUCGACGUCGGCCAUGAUGACCAUAACGCGUUCCUCUCUCGCUCUACUGCUAGUGGUCUCCGCUAUGACAUCAAACUUGUCGUCGGCCUCUGGCUACCUGCGCAGCCUGCAGUCGGCCAAGCAGCAGUCGAUUAAACAGUCGGUGGACCAAUCCACUGAGCAAUCCUCGGGCACGGUGAGCGGCGACUACUACCAGCAAAUGCUGGACGCGGUGAACGCCGAACGAGCCAAGGCGGGUCUUAAGCCGCUUUGCACCAACAGCAAGCUGCAGGCGGCGGCCAAGCGCCACUCGGAUGACAUGGCCAAAAACAACUACAUGGCCCACGAUGGCGCCGACGGCUCGACGAUGUCGCAGCGAGUCACCGACGCGGGCUACGACUGGGGUGCAGUUGCUGAAAACGUUGCUGCUGGUCAGGAGGACGUGAAGUCCGUGAUGGAGUCGUGGAUGAACUCGCCCGGACACCGUGAGAACAUCCUCGGCGCCGACUACACCAUGCUCGGCACGUCCUACGCGUACAGCGAGAGCUCCACUUACAAGCAUUACUGGACCCAGGACUUCGGCGCCGGCGACACUGAGUCUUGUGAUAGCGGCAGCUCGC